AUGUCGAAACGAUCAGGCGAAGACGAAGCCGCCGGCGCCCUCAAGGACCGCGAGAGGCCCGACCAGAUGGACAUGGACGUCGACGACAAGGACAUUGGCGAGUUCGCCGACGAAUUCGAAGACGAGUUUGAGAGCGAGGACGAAAUCAUGGAAGCCGGCGUCGACGGCCGCCCCGACGCCGAACGAGAGGCCGAGGAAAAGAGCAUGAACGUCGACCAAGGCACCUUCAUCAUCGGCCGCCACAAGCUCGAGCCCGGCCAACACCCCUGGCCCUGCCUCUCCUUCGACCUCGUGCGCGACCACCUGGGCAGCGACGCCCACCGCGGCAAAAUCUACCCCGCCACCAUGUACGCCGUCGCCGGCACCCAGGCCGAAUCCGCCCGCUCCCGCGAGAACCACCUCAUGGUCGUCAAGCUCAGCGGCCUCGGCCGCGUCGAGCGCGACGCCGCCGGCGCCGACUCCGACGACGAGGGCGACGAAGGCGACGACGACGAGGACUCGGACCCCAUCCUCGAGAGCCGCACGAUACCCCUCGGCUCCACCACCAACCGCAUCCGCGCGUGGCAAGCGUCCCCCGACGCCUCUUCCUCUUCCUCUUCUUCCACCAUGCCCCGCACCCUCACCGCCGCCAUGACCGAAUCCUCCGACAUCCACAUCCACGACAACCAACCCCAGCACACCAUCCGCGCCCACAAAGCCGAAGGCUACGCCCUCGACUGGUCCUCUCUCGCCGCCGCCAGCCGACCCCGCCUCCUCACCGGCGACAACGACGGCCUCAUCUACCUCACCGCCGCCGCCGACGAAGCCGCCACCACUUGGUCCACCGAAGCCAAGCCCUUCCGCGGCCACGCCAGCAGCGUCGAAGACAUCCAGUGGAGCCCCUCGGAGCCCUCCGUCUUCGCCUCCGCCUCCAGCGACGGCACCGUCCGCGUCUGGGACGUCCGCAGCAAGAGCCGCAAGCCCGCCAUCACCGUCCAGGUCUCCUCCACCGACGUCAACGUCCUCUCCUGGUCCCGCCAGACCUCCCACCUCCUCGCCUCCGGCGCCGACGACGGCGUCUGGGCCGUCUGGGACCUUCGCCAGUGGAAGGCCGGCGGUGGCGCGGCCGCUAAGCCCACCCCGCUCGCCAGCUUCGACUACCACAAGGAGCAGGUCACCAGCAUCGAGUGGCACCCCACCGACGACAGCGUCAUCGCCGUCGCCGCCGCCGACAACACCGUCACCCUCUGGGAUCUCGCCGUCGAGCUCGACGACGAGGAGAGCAAGGACACCGCCGGCGUCCCCGAUAUCCCCCAGCUUCUCUUCAUCGUCGGCAGCCUCGUCGCUACCGGCGAGCAGUUUAGCGUGUUUAGGACCAUCAGCGUUUAA